AUGUCAGACGAAGUUAACACCAGCAUCGAAGUCGCCGAAGAGGCAAUCGAGAAACUCGAGAAUCUCAAAGUCUCCGACGGCAGCAAAUCACCAAGAAGACCAAGAGUUUCCGUCGAAGAACGCGUUCGUCUUUGGGAAGAAGAACAAAAGAACAAAACUGUUUUGAAGAAGGGAAUUGAAGGAACCGUCAAAUGGUACUCUGUUCUUGGAAGAUAUGGUUUCAUUUCCCGAAAAGACGGAGAGAAGGAUGUUUUUGUUCAUCAAAAAGCAAUUGCUGCUUCGGAAACCAACAAGUUCUACCUUCGAACUCUUGGAAAUGAUGAAGAAGUUGUCUUCGAUCUUGUUGAUGGAAGAAAGGGACCAGAAGCCGCCAACGUGACUGGUCCAAAUGGGGAAAAUGUGCACGGAUCUAAGUGAGUUGAGAGAGGGGGAGUUCCAAACAAAACUAAAAAUUCCAGAUUCCGUCAUAUUCUUUUCUCGAGUUUCCGCAAAAAUCGACAAAACACUCGCAAAAAUCAGCAAUCAACUGAAAAAGCUGACAACUCCGAAGUCAAGUCCGCGGAAUCUGCGAAAAAACCAGGAAAGCAACGAAAGACACGGGAACGCAAGGUAUUUAAUAAAUAAAAUAGGUUCUGAAUCGAAAUUUCAAUUCUUUGUUUUUCAGAACCGUGCUCCAAAAUCACCAGAACCAACAACUGAGGAGGCUAAAGCAGGAGCUCGCCGCGAAAUCAUCAACGAGGCUCAAACCAUCUUGACUGAUCGAUGCGGAAGUGCUCUUGGUGAAGCCAAUCUUGGAGCACAAAUCAUCGAUGCUCAAAUCUAA